AAACAUGCCUGCCCAGUGGCAGAUCUUAAUCCUUCCCCUUGUGACAAUUGGUUAGAAAAGGAACCUUCUUUGAUUGCUUUGGCUUCAGGGUCUUGUGAAGGCUGGAAGCCUGUGAGAGUAAAUUCCCAACUUCUUAAGUCUCCAGUUCAACAGGGUUUACAACAAGCCCUUAAAGAGGGUGAGGAUGUAUCUGCAUUUUCUCUGGCCUGCCCAGUUUUUGAGGCUCAGGAUGCUCAGGGAAAUCUUGUUCGUCAACAUGCUCCAAUUCCUUUUAAACAAUUAAAAUAAUUAAAAAUGGCAUGUGCUCAGUAUGGCCCUAUUGCUUCUUUCACUCAAGUCUUGCUAGAUUCUUUGUCCACUGAUGCUCUCCCUCCAUUUGACUGGAAACAAAUUGCUAAAGCGUGUCUUUCUGGGGGUGAUUACUUGUUGUGGAAGUCUGAAUAUACAGAAUAAUGCCAGAGAAUAGCAGAUCUUAAUAGACAGCAAGAACUUAAUGCAACUUAUGAGAUGCUAGCAGGAGAGGGACCUUAUGCUGAGGUUACUCAGCAAUUAGGUUUUCCCCCAGGUGUGUAUGCUCAUAUUAAUAUUGCUGCUAAAAAUGCUUGGAAAAAACUUCCUUCAUCUGGACCAGCCUCAGAAGAUCUUUCUAAAAUUAGACAGGGACCUGAUGAGCCUUUUCAAGAUUUUGUGGAUCGCUUGUUACAAACGGCCAGCAGAGUCAUAGGAGAAUCUGAAGCUGGUAUAGUUUUAGUAAAACAAUUGGCCUAUGAGAAUGCUAAUUCUGCUUGUCAGGCCGACCUUCGUCCUUUUAGAAAGAAGGUUGAUUUAUUUGAUUAUGUUCGCUUGUGUGCGGAUAUAGGUCCUUCUUACACUCAGGGCCUUGCCAUGGCUGCAGCUUUUCAAGGAAAAACUGUAAAAGAGGUCUUAUUUCAUCAACAUAGAAGUGGCCCUCCAAAAAGGGGGAAUAAUGGAAAUUGCUUUGGCUGUGGUCAGGCAGGACGUUUAAUACAAGACUGCCCACAACAUAAAGAAAAUAGAUCUUUUUCAAAGCCUCCUAAAGAACCUGGUUUAUGUCCUAAAUGUAAAAGAGGAAAACAUUGGGCCAAUGAAUGCAGAUCUAAAAAAGAUAUUAUGGGUAAUCCUAUCCAGUCGGGAAACAGGUGGAAGGGCCAGCCUCAGGCCCCGCAUCAAAUUUUGGAGGCAUUUCAGAAUCUGAAACCUCAGAUCAUCCCUCAAAAUCAGUCAAAAAAUCCAUUCAGGACUUAUUCCGAGCCACCUCAGGCAGUGCAGGAUUGGACCUCAGUUCCUCCUCCUAUGCAGUAUUAACCCCUGAAAUGGGAAUGCAAGCCCUACCCACUGGAGUUUUUGGGCCACUACCUAAAGAUACUUUGGGUCUCUUGUUGGGUAGGAGUUCCUCCACUAUGAAAGGUCUUAUGAUUUCCCCAGGAAUUAUUGAUGAGGACCAUACUGGAGAAAUUAAAAUUAUGGUUUGUUCACCUUCUCAAAUUUCUGUUAUUCAGCCUGGACAGCGUAUAGCUCAAUUGAUUCUUUUACCUAGGAUAGUCACCUCAGGAAAAUAUAAAAAAGCCAUUAGAGGGGAUAAAGGUUUUGGGUCCUCAGAUGUUUAUUGGGUGCAGUCUAUUGGAGCCAAUAGGCCAGAAAUAAAAUUGUUAAUUCAAGGAAAAUCUUUUAUUGGGUU